AUGUUAUUCUACAUUUCAAAUUUUCUUCUCCUCGUUUCCUUAUGUUAUUCCGUACUACAAUCACAAGUACAAAAACAUGAUCCAGAUUGUGAUUAUAAUAUUACACAAUUGAUUCAAAGUAAAGGUUAUCCAUGUGAAGAACAUAAAGUAAUUACUAAUGAUGGCUAUAUUCUUGGUGUUUUUCGUAUUCCAUACGGUCGAAAAUCAUCAGCAAAAGGACGACCUGUUCUUCUUCAACAUGGUCUUCUCGAUGCAGCAGUAACAUGGGUAAUGAAUUUUCCAGAUCAAAGCCUUGGUUUUAUGCUUGCUGAUGCUGGUUAUGAUGUUUGGCUUGGUAAUGUUCGUGGAAAUUAUUAUUCACGUGCACAUGUUAAAUACAAUCCUGAUCGUGAUAUAGAAUUUUGGGACUUUAGUUGGGAUGAUAUGGCAAGAGAUGAUCUUCCAUCAAUGAUUAAUUAUAUACUGAAUGUAACAAAAUAUACACAAAUUGGUUAUGUUGGUCAUUCACAGGGUACAAUGAUUGCAUUUGCAGAAUUUGGUCGUCCUGAUAGUCUUGUUCAAAAUAAUGUUAGUUUCUAUGCAGCUCUAGCACCUGUUGCUCAUCUAUCACAUACAAAAUCACCAUUAAGAUAUUUAUUUAAUAUUCCAGAAGAUCCUGAAUAUAUUUGGCAUUUAUUAUUUGGUUAUAAAGAAUUUCUUCCAUCAUCAAAUAUGAUCAAAUGGCUUGCAAAAUAUGCAUGUGGCAGUGUUAUAUUUGACCCAUUAAUUUGUGAAAAUAUUCUGUUUGUUAUAUGUGGUCCAGAUAAAAAGAAUAUGAAUAAUACACGAAUGGAAGUUUAUGUAUCUCAUGAACCUGAUGGAACAUCUGUAAAGAAUAUGAUUCAUUUUGCACAAUUGUUUCUUUCUAAACAAUUUCAAGCAUAUGAUUAUGGUUCACCAGAAAAGAAUCAAUUACAUUACAAUCAAACAACUCCACCGAUAUAUGCAAUUCGUCCAAUGAAGAUUCCAACAGCAAUAUUUUGGUCACGUGAAGAUUGGCUUGCUGAUCCGGAUGAUGUUGCUUUUAUUUUUGAUAAUAUUGAAAAUUUAGUUUAUGAGAAAUAUAUCUUAGAUUAUAAUCAUCUUGAUUUCGUAUGGGCUAUAACAGCAAAUAAAAUUAUCUACAAGGAUUUAAUUAAUCAAAUGCAAAAGUAUCAUCCAUCAAACUGA